AUGGAUAUAAAAGGGCCGAAGUACGCAAACAAUCAUGGAUAUUUAUUACCGUUUGAUAUUCCAUGUGAUAGAUUUGAUUCUGCUUUGGAAUUUCAUCCUAAAUCGAACACGAUUUUAAUUUGUACCUACCCGAAAUGUGGAACAACAUGGAUGCAAAAUAUUGUAUAUUUACUACGACAUGAUGGGGAACCAUUUUCAUCUCAUUUAAAUGUUGAUGACGAAAUACCACACUUGGAAUUUAAGGGUAGCACACAUUGCGAGAAUUAUGUCGUAGUGAAAACCCAUUUACCACUAAAUUUGUUGCAUUGGAAUGAGCAAGCUAAGUAUAUCAUAGUGGCACGGAACCCCAAAGAUUGUUGUGCUUCCUUCUUUCAUCAUACACGUGGCUUUGUAAAACACUAUGAUUAUGCACAUGGCACAUUUGAUGACUACUUUCAACGUUUUCUCAAUGGACAGGUUGAUGGUGGCGAUUAUUUCGAUUAUUUUGCGUCAUGGCAAUCUCGACUCAACGAUCGAAAUGUUUUCUUCUGUACGUAUGAACAACUCAUAUGUGAUACAAAAGAAAUUGUGAAACGACUCGCUUUAUUCCUCGAAAUUAAAAUUGAUGAUAAUAUUUUGGAAAAAGUGCUUCACCACUCUUCGUUUCAAUCGAUGAAAAAAGAUCUUCAUCGCUGGAGCAGUGAGCGCCCUAAAGAUAUGCCAGAAUUUAUUAGAAGAGGUGAGAUUGGUGACUGGCGCAAUCAUUUUAAUGAAGAACAAUCCAAACUUAUCGACAUGAAAGUUGAACAGUUCCCUUUAAUGAAGACACUUUGGGCAAAGUAUAUGUAA